CAUGAGGCUACUGUCGCAAUGGAGGACUCUGCAAUCCGUGUCAAUCCGAAGUAUCGCGCCGUUUUCUCUCCGGAAGUGAUCCAACAUGUUUCUCCGCAAGCGCUUAAGAAGAUGUAUCGAAGUAUCAUUCGAAUCAGGCUUGAAGAACGUCGACGGAGAGAUGAAGAGCGGCGACAGAGAAAUGAAGAGCCGUCAACAGAGAAAUGAAGAGCGUCAACAAAGAGAUGAAGAGCGCUCAGGAGAUUACUCGAACUAGUCUCCACGCACACACAUACAUCAGACUUCUCUUGGACUUCCUUGCUUCCAUAACUAUUCGACGUUGUCUAUCACAAAAUACGCAAAUCCAGCUUCCUAUGAUCGACUCCUAUUGGUUUUACAAGUUACCUACACUCCCACUACCCGGAUCCUUCGCGACAGUACGCGAUCCAGCUAUGGCACGACUUCCUCCUAGACUAAGAGACCGGCCAAACGACCCUUCUUCGCGUCGACUCCCGUCUGCCUUCGAACAGGUACGUGCAACACCAUUACAACACCAAAGAUCGGUCGGAGGAGCACAGCCCUAGCCAGCCCCUCCGCUGCAGAUGAACGGGCAGGAAAUUACGGAAGAAGCACGAAGGUUACUUGCGAACUAUCGACCAGGGGAGACGUCGUUCAGCGAUCUCAUCCA